UGACCCUCUGACUGAUAUAGAAUCAUCAUCACUUGCUGUGUGUUCUCAGAGGGAGCAGGAGAAAGAUCUUGUGCAGCCCUGAAGACCACAAUCUGAACGAGAUAUAGAAGAAGACGCUGAACAGCUGCACCAGAAAUUCAGACACUUGCCUCUGAUCUACUAUUCUAUUCACCUGGGAGCCUUGUCCAAUACUACGUACAUGUGGAUUUACAUGGUUUAGGAUUACUUCUGCCUGUGUCCUGUAUAAUUUAAGGAAUUUUGAUAGCCACGUGCAAUUCUCGGACUGGUGUGCACCUGUCAAGAUUUCCACUAGCGCGGAGUGCUCUGUUCUAGAGGCGCUGCAAAUUGAAGAGGGACCUCAAGACGUGAAACAGACGAGCAGAUCAGUGAGAAGGACUUCAAUUUGCAGUCCGUCUUGUCAAAGAUGAGCUCCGAUUGGAAAGACAAUGAUAAAUUUCAGAAAGAGCAGACAGGACCAUCUGUGGAGCAUGGAGAAGAGAUGGAACAAGAAGAAAUUGACGAGGAGGCGAGAAAGCAGAGAAAAAGGAAAAUCGACGCUGGAGAGGACACGAGGGAAGGCACUGCUGAACCUUCACACCUGGAACGGAAAGACGAUUCAAAGAAAGACACAGAACAAGAGGAAGAUGUAAAAAUGAGUUGCAUGGUUACAUGCCCCUUGUAUCAAGUACCAAAGGGAACAUGCAUUUGGGAUGGUGACCUCCGAGACUUAAAGAAACAUGUGACAGGUACUCACACAGAUAUUCUGAGGACGGGUUGGCUUUUAAGUUGCAACUCUCUUCAGAGCAAAGUUCUGCUUAUACUGUACAAUGAAGAAAUAUUUCUCUACUAUAAAUGUUGCGACAUGAAGCAAGGUAUGAUGUACGUAGCCGUGCAACAAGCCGGUAUUACGAAUAGUAAAUAUAGGUAUAGAGUUGAAUUUUUCGCACUGGAGGCGGGAGUUCGGAAUAUUACAUAUAGCUUCCGUACACACAGCACUAGGGAGUCCAUUCAAGAUAUUUUCGACACACGCAGAUGCGUAGCGCUCGAUGUCGACCGUUUGAAACCUUUCAUCAUAAAUAAUGAAUUACAUAUGACAGUAAAAUUGAACGAAAUUAAUUCACGUGGACGGUCAGAUGUCGCCAAGGGAAAGUGCCCUACAGGUGACGAUAGCAAUGUUUAUUCUGAGCAAGGGAAAAGCGAUUCAGAAGCAGAAGAAAAGGAAUUGGAAAUGAGUUCCACGGUCACAUGCCCGAUGUCUAAAAUUCCUCAACAGAUGUGUUUCUGGGUAGGUAUGGCCGCAAAAUUAGAGGAGCACGUGGUAAAUACCCAUGCGGAUGUUUCGUGGAGAGGUCCUGUGGUCGGUUACAACUCUCUCAACGCUGACGCUUUACUGAUACUGUUUAACAAAGAAAUAUUCCUAUAUCACAGAUACAUUUCAAAAUCAGGUAUCAUGUACGUAACGGUACAAAAAGUCGGUAUGACAAACCAAAAAUACACAUACACAAUGGAGGCUACGGCAACAGACAAAGAAACUGAUAUGGUUACUUUUAACUUUCGAAUAAAGAUGAUUACCGAACCUUUCAAAGACGUUUUCCAUAGCCGCAAAUGCGUGGUCAUUAGCGCAGAUCAACUGAAAUUAUUAAUCAAAAAUAAGGAAUUAAACAUGCUGUUGAGAAUAAGUGUUCAUGAAGGUAGAGUGUCAGAUGUUACUGAGGCCGAUUCCUCGAUAGGACACGAUUCCACCAUUUCUCCUAAGAAAGAGCCGAGAGACUCGGACAUUGAGACAGAGUUUGAUAGGAAUUUUCUGUCCACAUGUCCACUGCUUAAAAUUGCGGGCAGAAGAUGUGCCUGGGUUGGUACUGUCGGCAAAUUAGAGCAGCAUGUGAUACAGACACACGCGGAAAUUGUGAGACGGCAUCCAUUUUUCUCUUGUAGCGCCGCAGAAGACAACGUUUUGCUAAUACUGCUUCAUAAAGAAGUGUUUCUCUACUGCAGACAUAUCUCAGACACUGGUAUGUACGCAAUUGUACAGAAAGUCGGUAUAACGAACAGGGAAUACACAUGCAGGGUCGUACUUGUUUCGGUGGAUAAUUGGAACAUCCUGACCUUUGGGUUCCCUGUAAGUCAGAUUAGUAAACCUUUCCAAGAACUUCUGGAUGCUGGCAAAUGCUUGGCUAUAAAUAAGGAGCACCUGGAACAGUUCACACUAAAUGACAAAAUUGGUAUGUUUGUGGCAAUAAAAGUUGUUACUGAUGGACGGUUGGCUGUUGCUGGGGAAGAGAGAAAGAGUGUGGGUACUUCUCAUCAGCGAAGGAAACGCGAAGCACCGCAAGAUUCAGACUCUACAAUUAUAUGCCCAGUGUCCAAAAUACCUGAAAGGAGGUGCAACUGGGUUGGAACACUGGACAGUUUAAGGCUUCACUUCACCUGCGAACACUGGGGUAUCUACAGGAGCGGCCCUAUUUUCCGCUGCGGGUCUUUCCAGAACAAGGUUCUGCUAAUUUUAUUCAACCAAGAAGUAUUUCUGUACUAUAAGCAUGUUACACACACUGGCAUAGUGUACGCGGUCGUGCAGCAAGUCGGUGUUACUAACAAGGAAUUUAAGUACACAAUAAAGCUCCGGGCAGAGGAUGAAACAGUGGAAAACAUUACUUUUAGCUUUAAAACAGAGAAGACAAGUGAGCCUCUUGAAAUCAUUUUCGAUGCCCGCAGGUGCAUGGCUAUGACCGACGAGAGUUUGAUACCGUUCGUAGUAAAACAUGAAUUAAACAUGACGGUGAAAAUAAGCGAAACUGAUGCACACGGCGAUAGGCCGACUGUAGUCACUAAGGGAGUUAACAUGGGAAAAAAGAAGAAGAUGAGACCUCAUCAGGAAGAGAAAGCUGGUUCAGUCGCAAAGGGAGACGUAAAAACGACUUCUGCAGUUACAUGUCCGUUGUUGAAGAUACCACAAUAUUCCUGCGAUUGGGCUGGCUCAUUAGAGGAUUUAGAGGCUCACGUGAUACGCGACCAUGCGAGUAUUCUGGAGCAGAGUUAUGAGUUCGAAUGCGGUGCUCUUGAACAUAAAGUUUUGCUAAUACUACUUAAUAAGGAAAUAUUCCUAUACUGCAAAUAUACCUCACCCGGUGGUGUAACUUACGUAAUUGUACAGCAAGUUGGAGUUACUAGAGAAAAAUACAGGUAUGCAGUCAGUCUUUGUGGAGACCAACACACAGACCAUAUAAUGUUUGAAUUCGAUGUGAAUGAGAUUGCUGAACCUCUUGGCAAAGCCUUCGAAUCUGGCAAGUGCCUAGCCAUCAGGAGAGAACGUCUGCAGCCUUACAUACGCGGAGACUGGUUGGUAAUGGUAGUGAAAAUACAGAAAGUGUUGACACGUGCGCAGACGGAAGGCACUCAUAUGAAUUCCGCUGUUACGUGCCCUUUGCUUAAAGUUUCUGAACAUUUUUGCACUUGGGUUGGUAAACUCGGUAAUUUAGAGGAACACGUUGAAGACGAGCAUGGAGACGUUCUGAGCAGAGGCUGUACUUUCGGCUGUGACUCUCUAACCAACAAAGCUUUGUUGGUGUUGGCUUAUGAUGAAAUAUUUCUGUACUACAAAUAUAUUUCACAGAUUAGUGUCAUGUACGUAAUAGUACAGCAAGUGGGCCUUACGAAUCGGAAAUAUGGAUACGCGGUAGAACUCAACGCGAACAAUGAUGAAGAUGACAUAGUACGUGAUUUUAAUGCAUAUAAGAUUACCGAGCCCUUUGGGCCCACUUUCAAUUAUCGCACAUGCAUGGUUAUUCCUAUAGAUAACUUGGGUCCUUACAUAGAAAAUGGAAAACUAGCAAUGUCUGUAGGAAUACACGAAAUUCAUUAUUCUGCGAAGGAUACAGUUGAGUCUGAGCCAGAUGAGUCUGAGCCAGAUGAUUCUGAGGCAGAUGAAUCUGAGUCAGAUGUCGAUUUUGAUGGAAAGGAAGACGAACGUCUUAACAGAUCCACGAGGAAGUUUUGAAGAAAUGUUUCUCUUUUCCUUACAAUUCUUUUCAAGAUAAAGCCUUUUUAAUAUUAUUAAAGGGAGAAAUAUUUCUCUACUAUAAACAUGUUUCACAGGCGGGUAUUAUGUACGCGGAUGUACACAAGUUGGUCUUACAAAGAACAGAUACAAGUACUCAAUAGAGAUGUCCUCAUUACACAGAAAAUUUCGCUCCAUUAAUUUUACGUCUCUUGUGGGCAGGAUUAGUGAGCCUUUUAAAGACGUUUUCAAUGCUCAAGGGUGCCUGGUUGUUAGUAGUGAAAGGUUCGUACCUUAUGUAUUAUAUGAUGAAAUAAGCAUGUUCGUGGCAAUAUCAGGAUUAUCUCCAUAAUGACAGAAAGAAUCGACUACAUCCUCCGUCAGUGCUAAUAUCGAACGAGACAUGUCAAUGGCAAACGUAAGCUGGAAGCAUGGGGUGCCAUAUUAACCAACGUCGACUUGCAAGAGGGUACAGACGCGAAAUUAUUUUCUGGGACGAGUACAGAUUCAAGUUCUCACAUUUGGCCUGCCAGUGUUUCUAUCUUCUGAGCUCUUGCGUACCAGUUGAUAUCAGUCGUUAAAUAAUUCAAAUAAUGAUCAUAUAUCGCGGUGAGCUGAGAAUGGUUAGAUGACGUAGAUCCCCCACCUUGCAUGUAUCUUCCAAAGUCAAGCAUGUUCCAAAUUACUAAAAGCGCAUAGGAGUUAACUGUAUCCUAUUAACAGGAGUCGAACUUAGCUUUACAUUAUGUUUAUUUAUUUUUGAACCGAUCUUCAGCGCUAGCCGGAAUUACCAAUAUUUCAACACAAUUCCUCAGAUUGCAGUCAACUAUUUAUAUAUUUAAAAUAUGUUUUAAUUUAAUAAAAAACGUUAAUUUUAAUUAAAUUAAAAAUCAAGGUUUGAUAUUGCUUUCUACUUUCUAACUAAGCAGACACAAGAAAAUCACAUUAUAUUAAAUCGCGUACAAAAGUGACAGGAGAAAUUUAAAUGUCAUAUUUUAACGUUAGUUUCAGGAUACCUUGGAUUGAUUCAUUUGCAGGUGAGAAGUUUAAUCCUACGGAGAAUAUCUAACUCUUUGGCAUUCCUUUUGCUCUGUACUGCGUACAGUGUUUACAUUGAAUAAUGACAAAUUAGUUUGAAAUAAAAAAAAAGCAGUGCGAUCAGUUUCCGUAUCUGAGGUAUCUGUAAAAUUAGAUACAACAUUUCAUAUAAUAUUAAAUAUUUUAGAACGUUGAGAGUGCGAGAACUGCAUUAUGUGACUUUGAUUGAAUUUUUAGAUUUCUCAAAUUGUAUAUUGAUGAACUAGCUCCCUCGCUAUUGAUCAUGCAAGAGUAGAAUUAUCUACUGAUUAUUUGCAGACGCACUGAAUAUGUUUUCUAAUUAUUGUCAAUUUUUCAUAGCAUAAAAUCAAUUAAAUUAAAGAAUAUGGUUUUACUGUUUCACGUUAUGUGUUUAGGGCAGCAGAAGUGAUGAUUACAUGGCCAUGUUUGUUGGUUUUCACAUUUUUUUAGAUGUACUAAUGUUGUGAGUAAUUUAUUCAAAUAACACACAAAUUCUGCAACCGUUUGUUUUCUACCAUGUUCUGAUUCGGUUUUAAGACUGUUAUAUGAGUAUUGAUUAAUGACAAUAUGUUUUAAUUGCAAUAAACGUCAGAUUUUAAAUUUCUUACUUUAUGUAUAUGAAAACAUAGGCACCAAGUGGGCUCUUGUAUUACAUGAUGUAUUCCUUGAUAUGCUGAAUAA